AUGCUUUCCACCACUGCUCGCCUAGGUGCUAACGCGUUCUCCAGCAGUGAGUUCUCAACAGGGUUAAUGGCCAUCGUGUCCUGUGUGUCUCCUAGAGAGUGGUGGAGAGAUCAAAAGAAAUUCCUAGACGAAAAUUACAUGAGUGGUCGUGGUAGAGGUUACGGUGGUGGCCGAGGAGGUGGUGGUCGCGGUGGUGGAGGCUACGGUGGAGGGGGCGGCUACGGUGAUCGCGGCGGCGGAGGCUACGGUGAUCGCAACGGCGGUGGGUACGGCGGUGGCGGCGGCGGUGGCGGUCGUGGGCGAGGUGGAGGCGGGGGUGGGUAUGGAGGCGAUCGCGGAGGAGGUGGUGGGUAUGGAGGCGAUCGCGGAGGGGGUGGUGGGUAUGGAGGUGGUCGAGGCGGAGGCGGAGGUGGUGGGGGUGGUGGUCGUUACAGUGACAGCCGUGGCGGCGGAGGUUACAGAGGCGGCGGAGGUGAUAGACGCGGCCCGGCGCCCGUACACGACGUAUACGGAGACACGCAAACAUCAACGAACCACUAUGAGGUGGUCCUGCCGGAAAAGGAGGUGUUGUUGCAGAAGCACUUGGUUGAAUUUACGGCGAUGUCGGAUUUGCCAUAUACGAUGGAGCCCGACUCGCGCGUCAUGUGUUUGCAGCGGUCGCUUAAGGAGAAGAACAUAGACUGGGGUGAUGUUUUGUAUGACGCGGAUAGGAUCUUGUACUAUCCGGCCGACCUAAAGCCGAUCCGCAUUGAUGAUCGACUGACCCACGCCAAGAUUGAGUGGAUGCUGUCAGUGCUACCGCAGGGUGAACCGCUUGACCUACGUCGAGCGUACACCAAAUACGAAGCGGGCGGAGCGACGGAGACAGUUAGGGAAGAGGAGCAACUGUUUGACAUCCUGAUGAAGAAGGCAGCGCGUGUAAAUAACUACACGAAGAACAACCGUUUGUUUAUGCCUACCGAUGACCCGGAUGCGUUUGUCGACUUGGACAAUACUCGGGAGUCGUUAAAUCUAGGCGCACAGAAGCUCUGGAAGGGUCACAGCCAGACCCUUUCCGUCGUUCAGAGCGGUCAGACGACCAGCCAAAAAGGAUAUAAGCUGACCCUAUGCAUCAAUGCGGCCUCUGCCAUGGGACUCGAGUCUCAAUCGUUGACAGAAUACAUCCUCAAGUCGACCGACAUUCGUGUCAAUGAUCGAGGUCCGUUGGAUGACCGUAAGAAAAUGAUGAUUCGCGAAUGUGUAAAAGGCCUGCAGAUCAAAACAACACAUUUGAACUAUAAGCCAUUUAAAUUGAAGGGCUUAUCUGACGAGACCGCGAAUAGCUACGAGUUCGAAGGAAAGAACGGCCAGAAGACUACGGUCACCAAGUACUUUGCAGACACAUACAACAUCCGUCUGCGUUACCCUGACGCGCCCUUGAUGGAGAAGGUAGGUGGAAAAAAAGUUUACUAUCCUAUUGAGGUUCUCGAAGUAUGUCAGCAAUCGGUUAACAAAAUGGUGAAUGAGGCUGUGAAAGCCCGUAUUGGUGAGAUCAUGACGAUGCCACCUGGACAGCGUAUUCGGUACAUUAACAGUGUUGUAUCAAAGCACUUUGUUAACAACCCGGUGCUCAAGCGGUUCGGAAUUGAGUUGAGCAAGAAGGAGAUGCUCAUUGCGGCAAAGGUAAUACGACCUCCGAAUCUGAUGUAUGGAGUGCGUGGCAAGAAGGGUCAGACCAUGGGUGUCCAGGUAGGCCAGGGCAGAUGGAACAUGUCGCAGUGUGCGUUUAUCGAGCCGAAGAAUGUUCAGCAUUAUGGCGCGAUCAUUUACAGCUGCAGAGUUGACGACAAUUUAGUACGAGACUUUUUUGAUACCAUGAGCAGGGAAUCCAACAAGUACAACAUGCGCUUCCCGUCCCGACCGGAGUUUACUUGGAUAUGUAGUGGUCCGUCUGAUCUACAGGCACGUGCUGAUAAGCUUAAGAAUCUACUAAAGCAAAAUUCACUGGAUAUUUUGUUCGUAUUCAUUCGAGAGAAAAAUACAGCUCUUUACGCGGAUAUUAAGGGCACGUUUGAUGGUAUGAUUACGACACAGGUGCUGACAACAUUCAAAACCCCUAUAAUCAACAGGAAAGAUCGCGGAAUGGAGGGUCACGUGGCAAAUAUUUUAAGCAAAAUUAAUCAAAAGUUAGGAGGCGUGUGCCACAAGAUCAAUCACGCCGCGGUGGAGGUUCGAGCAGUGCAACAAAUGCUUGGAAGCAAGACAGACACAGCCAUCAUGGCUCUCGCUUUCUCCAACCUUCGCGCACAAGCGCCUCGGCUUAGAGACGGAAGGAAGCUGAUCCCAGUGAUCUCAGCCUUGGUCUGCUCAAUGGACCGAGAUGGCGUGACUUUCGCACACACCGUACGUUGUGAGAAUUCGGCGGGUAACUUUGACGUGUGCGGCAGACUCACAGACAUGGUCCGGGAGGUGCUGGAGAAGCGGGCUGAGAUGAACGGGACGACUAACUGGCCGAAACGUAUCGUGUUCUUCCGAGAUGGCGUUAGCGACGGAAUGCUGAAUGAGACCAUUCAGCAAGAGAUCCAAGCCAUCAUAGCCGCAUACCGUGAAAAAUCGUUCACACUGCCCGUGGUUCUCUGCAUAGCCGUCCGCCGGGCUCAUCAGACGCGGUUCUUCGUUCCGAACUGUGCUAAUGACGCUACCAACAUGCCUCCUGGCACAGUCGUCUUCGACAACCUUUCCAUCCCCUCUUCCGUCCCCAACUUCUACCUCCUCUCACAGGCUGGUAUCAAGGGAACUUCACACCCUGCUCGCUACAUGGUCUACUGCGAUACGCUUAAGGAUUUCGACCCGCAAUUACAACAAAUGACCGCCAAUGAACGCCUCAUGUUCUAUGCACACUUCAUCUACCAGGAAGCACACCUUUUCCAGCGAGCACAAAGAGCUGUCAGCAUGCCAGCUCCCGUCUACUACGCAUCCAACCUCGCUGAAAGAGGAGGCAUCUGGAAGAAGGACGAGCUCCUCCGCUAUCUAGAUCUCAUCUCUAGCAACGCCAGCGUUUCUAGUGACGUCGGGGGUCGUAUAGGCCAGAUCGACGAACAGUUGAAAGAAAAGAGUCAGCGGUGCCACAUCGGUUUCUACAAUUAA